AUCGCGCCUGUCGCGACAGCCCCUCCGCGCGCCUGUAUCGCGAGGGGGGCCGGGAGCCUGCCCGCUUCUCGGGCUGCUGCCCCCCCUCGCCCCCCUUCCCCGCCGCCCUGUGCGCUUUGUGCUGCGCCUCGCCAGGGCUGCCUUUCUGGUGCUGUUCUUAAAACAAUUCUUUUUUCUCUGUGUGUUUUUUUUUUUUUCCCGGGCGUUUGGGGAGCUUGUUACCUUUUUUUGUUUCGUCCUUUUUUUUUUUUUCUUUUUUUUCCUUCCCACCCACCCGGAGUUGCCGAGCCCCGCUCUGGGGCUGGAUGUGCUGGGGAAGCUCUUUGUCAUGCCCAGCCGCCUGCCCUCGGGAAAAACAGCGCUUAAAAAAAAAAAAAAGACAGAAAAAAACCCCAACAAAACUCGUUCAGUAUUUGGACUCCCGGGUUCUGUUGAAUUCGGGCGGUGGGUUUUUUCGGGCGGCAGUGGUGUUACAUUUAUUCUUUUAGGGGAAGAAGGAGCCCCAUCCCCCCGCGAAAGUCCAGGCUCCAUUGAUCGCAGCCCCCUGUGCCGGAGCGCUGGCUGGGAGCAGCAUGCAGGCGGGGGAAAACAAAACAAAGGGGGAUUUUGUUUUGCUGUUGGUAACCUGCAGAACCUUGGUGGGAAAGCUUGCUUCUGUGUUUUUUGUUGGUUUUUUUUUUCCCUAGUUCUUUCAAAUUUGAUGUUGUUUUACUCUGGAAGAAUCCAGACUCCCGGUAGUGUUGAAAAAUGUUGUCCUGUCUGCACUAGCAGCUAACUGAUCUGAACCCAUUGUUGACAGUCACCAUCAUCAACAGGUCAUUUUCCCUCUGCGAGUGUGACUUUUGAUUAUGUAUCGUAAAUCGAAGUGGAAGUGCGGUUACAAUCUCGUGGUUCUUGGACAUGGAAAUAAUGAAAAAAGUGUGCCACAACUCUUGAUCAGAGACCUGAAGUUUGAGAAGAAGUCAUUAGCUAAGCUCAUGUUUUCUCCUGAUCAAGAAAAUCAUCCAUCAAAAGCACCAGUGAAAUAUGGUGAAUUGAUUGUAUUAGGGUACAAUGGGUCUCUCCCAAAUGGAGAUAGAGGAAGAAGAAAAAGUAGGUUUGCUUUAUUUAAAAGGCCGAAGGCAAAUGGGGUGAAACCUAGCACUGUGCAUAUUGCCUGUACCCCUCAAGCAGCAAAGGCAAUAAGUAACAAGGACCAACACAGCAUAUCUUACACUUUGUCUCGGGCCCAGACAGUAGUAGUUGAAUAUACGCAUGACAGCAACACAGAUAUGUUCCAGAUUGGUCGGUCAACGGAGAGUCCUAUAGACUUCGUAGUGACAGAUACAGUGCCUGGGAGCCAGAGUAAUUCGGAUACACAGUCUGUGCAGAGCACUAUAUCAAGGUUUGCCUGCCGGAUCAUAUGUGAACGUAACCCUCCUUUUACAGCAAGAAUAUAUGCUGCAGGAUUUGACUCCUCAAAAAACAUCUUUCUUGGGGAGAAAGCUGCAAAGUGGAAGACGUCAGAUGGCCAAAUGGAUGGACUAACCACCAAUGGGGUUCUUGUUAUGCAUCCUCGAAAUGGAUUUACAGAGGACUCCAAGCCAGGGGUGUGGAGAGAGAUAUCCGUGUGCGGGAAUGUGUUCAGCCUCCGUGAGACCAGAUCAGCUCAGCAGAGGGGGAAAAUGGUUGAGAACGAAACGAACCAGCUCCAGGAUGGCUCUCUGAUCGACCUGUGCGGAGCAACGCUGCUGUGGCGCACUGCGGAGGGGCUUUCCCGCACUCCUACUGUCAAGCACCUGGAGGCGCUGAGGCAGGAAAUAAAUGCAGCAAGGCCCCAGUGUCCCGUGGGGUUUAACACCUUGGCAUUCCCCAGCAUGAAGAGAAAAGAUGUUGUAGACGAAAAGCAGCCAUGGGUGUAUCUGAACUGUGGCCACGUCCACGGCUAUCACAACUGGGGAAACAAAGAGGAGAGAGACGGCAAGGAUCGCGAGUGUCCCAUGUGCCGCUCCGUUGGCCCCUACGUGCCUCUGUGGCUUGGAUGUGAAGCGGGAUUUUAUGUGGAUGCAGGACCUCCAACUCACGCGUUCAGCCCGUGUGGACACGUGUGCUCAGAAAAGACAACUGCAUAUUGGUCCCAAAUCCCUCUUCCUCAUGGUACUCACACUUUUCACGCAGCCUGUCCGUUCUGUGCGCAUCAGCUGGCUGGUGAGCAGGGUUACAUCAGACUCAUUUUCCAAGGACCUCUCGACUAACACAUGUGUUACCAAGGACUGCAGUAAACUGAUAAGCUAAGCGAUUCUGAUUUUUAAACCAACUGUUUUUCGUAUUCUCUGGGCUUUGCUGGUUUGCAUUAAGAUGAAGAAUUUUGGGGUUUUUGUUACAACAGCUAUAUUGCUCUCUAUUGAGAAAAGUCUGGAAAUGGAAGAAAUGGGGGGAGGGGGAAGGGGAAACUGCUUUUUUUUUUUUUUAGUUAAUAAUUACUUCUGAAGAGGUGAAGGAAGUGUUGUAGAGUGAACUUCGAUGCCUUCCGUUUAAUGCUUUUGAAUCACAUGCCCACAGUGUUUUGAAAGUUGUUUCAUUCUUUUUGUACAUGGAGGGUAAAUAGUUCAAAGAACAUUAGUUUACAGCUUGGAUGCAAACAUUGUAAAAUAUAACAUGUAUAUUAACUCUUUUCUAUUUAUCUUUAUUAUUGAAAAUACAUAGAAUGUUUAGUGAGUAGCAUGGUCAUAGCGUGUUACAUCCAGCAAUCGGAUGUGUACAGUAGUUCUGGAUGGAGAAGGACGUGAGAUGGAAAUGGUAGAAAAAUCUUUUAAUCUAAAAUACUGAGUUCUUAGAAUAGUUAAAAUGCUUUUGAACAGAGCUAAUGCCAGAUUACAGUGGCCUAACGGUGUGCUUUUAACCGUGUUGAAAGGUAGCUGAGGAGGACUUCUUAAAAUGUCUUCUUGGUAGGACUGUACUUAAGAUCUGGUUAUGAGGAGAAUAUUUACCAGACUCUUCGAAUAUGCAACUUAGUCUAGAUUAAGGAUUUUUUUCUCCCUUUAUGCUAACACAUCUCUUUAUUUAGCAUUAGUGGCAUUUGUGAGGGUUUUUCCAAUGUUAAACAUUAACGAACCUGAAAGAGGAGGCUCGGUUUGUUCCUUGCUGUUUGGGGGUGGGGGGGACACAGGUGGGGAGGGGAGAGGUGGGGGCACCCGUGCCCCCCACAUGUGGGGAGUGGGGAGCAAUCUGCGUGUGACAGGCUUGUCGGUGGGACGUGCUGCCUGGCGCCUGGGGGCCACGGGCUCCGUGCUCGCCUUCACCUCCGCCGGGCCGCGCGGAGCAGAGCUGGAGCCUGUACCCCAGGGUGCACGCCCGCGCCCUGGCCGCCUGGUGCAGCCUGAUGGCAGUCGGCUGGGGGGAGCCCGAGGUGGGUGCGGGCUGCGUGUGUGACACCUGCUCCCUGCUCGUGCUGCCCUGGGCUCCCAGUAACGUCCUCUCUGCUCUCCCCUCUCCACCCUCCUUCUCCCUCUGUAUCCACCAGAAAAGGCCAGUGCACUACAUCCAGCUUUGCUGCUAACCCACUGUGCUUCAUUGCAAAUACACAACCGGACCUUUUUAGGAUUGAGUUGAGCUUUUUUUUGGCCAGCUUCAUACUUUUUUUGUUUUCCAAAAUAUGUACUGUAUAAUUGACAAUAGCAAAUUUCUGUACUUUAUAGCAUAGCUUUAAUUUUUUCUUGUCAAAGCUGUUCUAAAAUUUUCUUGUUUGAGAGACCUAUGUUGCUUAGAUGUCAUGAAUUGCGUCAAUUGUUUCUCCAUUUUAAAAAAAAUAUAUAUAUUGUUUGGUUCACUCAGGAAAUGCAUGUGUCAGGAAACCUGUAUUAUAAGUUCAGUUAGCUGUCAUGUACAAGUAACUGCUGUUACUCCCUUUCCAUAGAAAUAUAACUGAUUUAUACAUUUUCCAGAUUAUAUGCAUUAAGUAACAAAAGUUAUGCAGCAAGAAAUCCCUGUAUUGUAGUUGUUCUAAUCAUCUUAUUCAAACUAUAGUAUACUGUAGUUUAAUUUUUAUUUGCAAAUUAAUUUAUUCAAACUAUGUGAGUAAACACUUUUCAAAAAUAGAAGUUCUGGGAUUGUCUGUUGCUUUGCUUCCAAGAGAUGGGACAAGAGGCUGGAGAUGGCCCUUCACCAUCAGGUGAGGUGUCUGCUCUGCACAUGUGGCUUAAGAGCACAAAAAGAAAAGCAACCGUAAAGUUUGUGUUAUCCUGGUCCUGGAUUGGAAUGGUUCCUUUCAGGUGUCGCCUCUCAGUGUGUUCUGUAUUUAACUCCACAUUCACAAAGGCAAGAUUGUUGUUCAAAAGAAGCAGUUAAAUGAUUUCUUCCCUGAGAAAGUUACAAAUAAUGGGAUGUAAGCAAAAACUCUUGAGUAAAUGGCUGGACUAUUUGCAAA